GGGUUAGUUAAAGGUGUAGAUAUAUAGGCCAACAAAACAAACUAAUCCUCGUAGCAUGCAUGGCGGCAGACAACUAUAUCUUCCAUUCCACGCUAUCAUAGCCCUUUUCCUUAACAUCCUGAUGAAUUAAUCAACGAAGAAAAGACCAUCUUCCACUUCUUAAUUGUUUUAUUUUGUUCACUGCUCCUUUUCUAUUAGUAAGUCAGUCUUUUGAGUUUUCCCAGGUACUUUUUGUGCUCAGUAUGUAUACCAUUUUUUUAAACAAUGACAAAAAGUUAGUUGUUCUAACCCUAGCUUUGACUUAGGUUUAGAAUUUGGGCUUUCUAUAAAUCUCCCACUUUCCUUUCAUGUGCAUCCUCUCCUUUGUUGCAGAGUAACAGAUAUACCCUUAACCAAAAGAAAGAGUCAAAAUGGUGUCCUUAAGUUUUAGUUCCUUUACGCUUGUUCUGUUGUUCAUUUUCCUAACCAUAAAGGUUUCAAUUGCUCGUAGUCAGCAAGCAAAGCAAACCUUUGUUGUGGUCUAUGAAGCAGAAAAUGGUUUUGCCAUGGAACUAGCUGGGAGUCAUCAGAGUGUGGAGAAGGAAGUUUUGGAUGGUGUAGCAGCAGCUGCUGUACUCAGUACAGGCAGAAUGGUAGGAAGAAAAAUGAUGAUAGAAAGAAGAAAUAUGAAGCAAGUGGAAGCUAGCAUCAAGAGUACAGAGGAAGAUUCAAAGGAUUCAGGUGCAAGUGCAACCCAUUCUGUUGGAAAUUUAAACCGAAAAAGGCAGGGAAAGUUGAGAGUAAUGUCAAGUAAAAUGAAUACUAGCCAUUCAGUGUCCAAGGUCAAUACAGGAAGUUUCGUGGCUCUUAAUGCUGAUUAUCACAUGGCAAGACCGCACCCUCCUAAGAAUAAUUGAGAGAAAUUAACUUUUUGCCGUUUUAGAUCUAAUUAGAUGUUUUUUUCUUUGUAGUUAGAUGUUCUUGUGAAAAAGGACUAGUAUACUUGUAUGUAUCCAAUAGAAAAUCAAGAAAAGAAGAAUUUUCAAAUUCACAUAUGUGCAAGAGUAUCGCAAUUCUUUGUAGUGCAUCCAUUCUUUUUACAAGCAAAGUGAAUGGAUAUAUCCUUUCUUUUA